AGUGCUGAUGGCAAUAACUGGCUCGUGGGCUCAAGAACAUCCAGUGAUAUUCAUCCCGACCUUAUACGUCACGAGUGACGUCGAGCGUCCAAGCGCCCUGCAGGAAGUUGCCUAUCAAGCCAACAUAUGUAACACAACCAUCUACAAAAACAUGAUGGUCAUCACACGUGUCAAUAUUCCGUCUGGAUGGAAUCCAAAUAUUGGAUUGGUUGCAAAAUUGCAGGUUAGAAUAUAAUAGUCAUUGAUCUUGGAUUUGUCAUUGUCAAAUGUUUCUCAAAAGUGCGUCUCAAGAGACCACGCCUUAACCUGCGUACGGGCAUGCUCUGGGUACGAGAUUCUAAAGUACACAACACGUGUAUUCAUGUGCAACAUCUAUAAUUACUUUAUAUUAUCUGAGACUGAGGAUUAAUCCACAUAGUAGGUCUGUGAAAUUGAAAAUGUUCCCCAUUCUUGUUCGAAAGGCACGUGUUCAUCGAAUGCAGGAUCUCAGGAUCCCCUUGAAUUUCUCCGGCCUGGUCUGAUAUACCAACCAUCCCCAGGUUUUCUCCGGUUCAGGUUUCCUGCUAUACUGAGGUUAUAACCACUGGGGAAAAUCUUCAUAUAAAAUACAUGUCUCAAUCGGGUAGGUUAAACCGGGGGCCUUGUAACUUGUGUUUCCGGGAUAUGCAGCAGCAAGUGUUUUGACUCCAUUUGAACGCCACACUUUCCUAUUGUUAUAGUUGUUUUAAAUUCAAUUGUCAACAUAAUUGGGUUUCUUAUAUUUCAACCACAUUUAGGUUUGUACCACCUCAGACUGCAGUAAGGUUCUGUGUACAAAUUACCCUGGAGGAAAGUUCAAUGGUCAACAUAACUGCACAAUCGCUUACAACACAUCAUUGACCGCCAUGUAUGUUUCUGUAACUGCUGGUAACGCUCCGUACAUUGCCUGGACGGUUGCUAUGGAGUUCCUCCCUAAAGAUCAGUAUGUUGAAAAGCCAAACAAACAUUUUUGGUAUUACCGACUGCGUGAAUUUCCUGAACCUAUACCGAUAAACCUGGUCACUCGUGCAGGUGUGAAAAUUCUGCAACAGGUCGUACCCUCUGGAAGUAGGCAUUCAGUGACAACAUUGAACCGACAAGACUUCAGGCUGGCAUUUUGUCCUGACGCUGGAACAACUCUAAGGUGGGUGUUACAAAUUAUUGACAUUGACUGGAGACUUCAUAUUUAUACUAAUCUCGUGUCGCGGUCCCUAGCUUAGGGUUUCUGGCUCUCCCAGUAGUUAAGAUGUCAGAUAUUUGAAGACUGAUUUAAGUCUUGUUGCUGUGUAUGAAAAUCCUCUCUAGAUCAAAGUUGACAUAGCAGCCUUUAUACACUCAAUUUUAAAUUUUAAGGCCCGGUCAUGCACCCUACACAACGAUAAUGUAAAUUGUAAACACGCGAUAAUUGGAAAAAAAAUUGUGUUAGUCUCCACAAUACAACGAAAAUGAUAAAAUUAUCGUUUGACGAUAACGAUUUUAAAAUCGCUCACCUGAGCGAUUUUUUUUUCAGUCGGACGAUAACGAUAAAUUUCUGACCAAUCAGCGCGCGUAUACAAGUUAUCGUAUCGUUAUCGUUGUGCUGUGUGACCUGGGCUUUAUGCUUGCAUGGUUUGUUGCCUCCAACUACCAAUAGCGGACUCUAUGAAUUCGUCUUCUUUACUUUUCUCUAUAAAUACAAUGUGCUCAUUGAUAUAUAGUAUAAACUGUACAGCACUUGAUAUUAGUCACAGUAUUAACGCCAAUCCUUCAUAUGUGCAUGUCUUCCCUAUAGUGUAGUGUCAUUAGAGUCAUGAAAGUUCAGAUUGGAAUCAGUUUAAGUUCCUACAAACUACAAAGACAAGAAGUAGCCAUGGACAUCGUAAUCGCAGCAGUUGACUCAGUUUCAGCAAUGGCUAUACAUAUAUCCGCGAGCCUCGAGUCUAACCUAGGCUCAGAUUCCAGCCGUUGGGUUCUCCGGCUGGAAUCUGAGCCCAAGUCUAACCUUGGAUGCAGGUAAUUAUGAGACUAAGCUGUUAAUAUUCUUCUGUAGAUACAACGUGGAUAUCGUCGUCAGUGCACUCGACUCAGUCUCGGCAAUGGCCACCUAUGUUUGCGAGCCUCCAGUUGACCCCACCAUUGGCUGCACACCAGGUGAUGCUAAAUACUCAGAUCCUCGAGGUAUUGCCAUCAACGUUGUCACACUUGCGACUCGAACAGGAUCUCUCAGAGAUCUUUAUGUUGCUGUAGUUGGCUGGGGUGAUGGCGAACAGACUAACCGAUUUUCUAUCGGAGCAACAGUUACCAAGAUUAGCUGAGAUUGUGGUCCAUUCUUACUACUCCUCCUUCUUCUGUGCCAGGAAUAUUCUGUGUGAUUUAUUUUGCAUUGAUUUGAUAUUGAUAAUUAUAAGUGGUGAUGAUCUAACUUUGAGAAACGUUAUCGUUUAAUCAGAAGAUGUUUAAUUAAAGCAUGUCUUUAUACUUGUUAGUGCAUGCAUUUGUUACUUAUACAGUGUAAAUCUUAUGACGUUAUGUUACUUGUAAAUCAAAAAUGUAAUAAACUUGCAAGAUUGAUUUUAUUUUGCGAGAUUUUUACAAUUGUCAUGCCAAUGUGUAGCCUAUACACUUCAACGUACUGCAUGCGUUUUUAUUUCGAGUUGACAUCAAAACUUGUUCUCUUGGUAUAACUGCAGUGCAUAUGCGUAAAAAUAUUUCAUUUUGUCAACAUUACCUUGUCAACAAGGACGUUUUCUCAGCAGGUUUGUGAACAAGUUGAACAAUUCUGUUUUUGUCAAGUUGAUAGAAGAUCGUCGCUAACAAUUUGUUAAAAGUUGUUGAAUUGUAGAACAAUAACGAGUUGUUCGAACACGUUUGCCGUUUGCGAAAAUCCAGUGAGAGAACAAUCUUGCAGCAACACUGCUGAGGUUUGAAACAACGUUUCUUACAUAACUUUCAUGAAGAUUGAUGAAGAUGACAGCCAGUAAGCACAAAAAGAAGUAUUUUACAGACUAUAUAAAGUUUAUUCUAUAAUAAUUAGGCCUAUUCUUUUAUUAUUACAAAAUGUAAUCUUAUCAAACAUGUAUUCACAAGAGAGAAACUUACAGUAGAACCGCCGAUAGGUUUUUAUUCAUGCAGGACAUCUCUGCUAAUUGCGUCAUAUUUAUAAGCUAUAACAGUGAAAUGAUACGAUUACACUGUAUCAUGCACGCGAUAAAGCACACAUUGCAUAAAACUUUAUUGCACGCAUCCCUGUUUCCAAUCUUGUUACUACCAUAUUUACUUUUUAUUGUAUAUUACGAAUGACAAUUAUGAAGUUCACUUAUCCACUCGCUAAAUUCUGCAUUAAAAUUUUCCUGUUCCACUUUACGAUCCUUCAUUCUCUUUCUUGAUAAUAUACACUUUUUGAUUAGAAACUGUUGCCAGUAAGGUGAAGUCAUGGUAGACAACUGAAAUAAAU